CUUCGCUUGCUGUAGGGAGGAUUUCAGAUUAAUUAAGAACUUUCUGCCAGAAAUAUUUGAACUCAAUUAAAGCACUGUGAACGGGGUAAAAUGUGCAAACACAUGCAAUUAUAUAAAUUCUACUGACGAAUGGAAUUAUUGAUAUAUUCUUUACUUAUUGGAUUUUUAAAACAAACUUCAGGUGUGAUGUGCUCCCAAUGUGACAGCGACAUAGACCCUUUCUGUAUGGAAAACCCUCCAAGUCCUGUAAAUUGUACAUUGUGCGGACAUUUUGACAAAGAAACAUAUGAAUGUGCCCAGUACCACAUAGUAGAGUACUGCAUUACAGAAAGAAGAUAUAUUAACGAUACUUUGGUGAGAAUUACCCGUGACUGUAGUCCAGCAUCAAUGCCAGAAUCGUGUGAAUAUAUUACUGUACAUGAAAGCCAGAUGAAAGUUUGUUUUAAAACGUGCAAAUUUAACGGAUGCAACUCGUCAGGAAAGCCAAUAAUUUUCACCGGCCAAUAUUUCUAUGUGAUUUUGAUAUUUUUACAAUGUGUUAUAUUAUGGUGGAGAUAGUGAAUGUCACCCUGGGAAAUUGAUGACGGUUGGAACAUAUUUUUUUGGAAACAAAAUAACGACAAACGCAACUUUAUUUAAGUUACCUACUUAACGUUUUCCAGUGUGAAGAGAAAAACAUUUGCAAACAAAACAAACAAAAAAAUAUUCACAUUAUGAAAUAUUUUUUAUCAAUGACAGAAAAAAACAACAUUUAUACUUGGAAAACGAAUUAGAAUGGUAGAAUACAAGUAUGGUAACAAACGAAGCGUUUUAACUAGUUCAUUUUAGUAUUCAGUCUUUAGACAUAGUAUAUAUAUAAAGUACAUCAAAUUUAACACUUAAAUUCUUUUUAUACAAAAUAUUAAUCAUGUCUUUUGAAAAUUAUAUGAAUUGCAUAAACUAGAGAAAAUUAGACUCCCUUAAGAAUAUCCAAAACGGCAAAACUGAAAAUGUUGCAUGUUCGGUUUGAUUGAGCCUCUUCAUGGACGGUACUGUCAAGUGUAAACUACCGUCGCCGUUCCCUAGCACCGGCUUAUGCAGAACUCAAGAUUUAA